UUCACUCCACCACCGCUUUACAUUCCCAUCAUUCAUCAAUGAUCAGUGAUUUUCUCACUCUUCAACUUCUCAUCUGAUCUGCUAAACUCAGCAUUAAUCCUUUUUCUUUGUCUGUUUGUUUGUUUCCCAAGAAAUCGGCCUGGAAAAUGGAGGCUCAAGCUGUCAGACGCAGAAUCAACACGAUCUCAGCUCACUUUGCGCCCACUGAUGAACUCUCCGCCACUCACGUCCUUCCCAUGAACUGCAGCAGCACUUUAAACUCUGUGAUCCGAAGGUAUGAUAACAAAAUGUAUUUUGCACGGCAAGGAUCUGCUUUUCAAGCUUCUUUCAUGAGGCAAGGGUCAAAUGAAGAUGUGCUUGAGACUGGAAACACAGAUUCCUACAACACUUUAAACUCUAUGACAACUGGAAGGCGUGACAGCAAAAUGUAUUUUGCACGCCAAGGCUCUAGUCACCAAGCUUGUUUCAUGAGGCAGGCAGGCACUGAAGAGGUUUUACCAGAUCAGUCGGGCACGCCUCUCAAAUACUGUAGUUGUGGAAAUGAGUUUUCCUAUUUUGUUUCUCAAGAAGAACCACUGUUUUCUAGACCUUCAAGUACAGGGAAAAACUUCUCCACAGCAGGAGUAAUCCAACCCGCCUUUCAAAGUUAUGCAUUAUCUGCAGCUGACCCUCCUAAGUUUGCCAUGCCAAGCGGUAGAAUCGGUCAACAGAAAGAGACAUACACCAAGGAGGAAACGUACUCUUCUACAUCUAAUGUAAUUGAGUGGUCCCCAAAAUUGGAUAUUGCAGAAUCGGGUCGCACCUAUGUCAUCACCGUUGAGAUUCCAGGUGUCAGUGUCAAAGACAUUAGAGUGGAAGUUGAUGACAAGAAGUUAACCGUAGCUGGUAAGCGCUCUACCCAGUAUUUGAAGGUGGCAGGUUGCACAAAUGACUCCAUCUCUGCAUAUCUCAGAAGAGAGAUUGUGCAAGGGCCAUAUGAGGUUGUGUGGCCACUUCCAGCUAAUGUGAACAAGGACUCUGUCUCAGCCGAGUUUCUGGAUGGUUUUCUACGAGUUGUUAUUCCUAAACUUUGAGAACCUUUGGUGGAUGAAGCAAAUAUUAAUUACAUAAAGGCUCAUAGCUGAGGCAACGUUCCAGCACCGUGAACAAAUGUCUAGUGGCUUGCAGUAUAAAAUAUGAUAAGAGAUGUAUCACAGUUAUAUAUAACCUCGGAUAAAGUAUACAUGGUCAAUCUUGCUUUAUUAUGUACUUGAGUUAUGAAUCCAUGUGUUGCUAUGAGUUUACUCUAUAAGUACUGUUAUAUAUAUAUAUAUACACAUAUAUUAUGAGUACUGUUA